AUGGUUGUAUGGAACAACAUGGUCGAAGAAUCUAAAGAGCAAGUCGAUGCUCUUACUCCUGAAGACAUUGCUUGGGUUGAUUCUUGUCUGAUUAAAGAGACACCAGAUAUUUCAGAUGGCAAUUGGAACCACAUAAAGGAUGCCUUAUUAGAAAUCCUUGACCUGUAUCCUCAAAGUUUUGAAUCUUCUCAUGCUGUGAGCCAUAAUGCUCCAGGAGGUAGUAAUGGCGACAUCGACGUUGACAUGCUUUCCCCUAACAAUGUGAAGGAGCCUACAUUUUCCUCGAGAGAUAGUGAUGAUCCUAUGAAUGAAACAGGAAUAGCUUCGGAAGAUCCACAAAAGCACGACGACAUUGAUACUUCUCUGUUACAAACUCUUAUCAAGAAUCCAUUUUUACCCACUUACAAAGAGGAGGUAGAAGGGAAUGAUGAGAAUAAUCAAGCUGGAUUUGAGCAUGAAUUAUCAGAAAUUGGAUCUGAGUCCCCAAUUAAUGAUAUUUUCCAUGUUUGGGAUUUGAACUUCCCACCAGUCGAAGAUGAGCUCGUUGAGCAGCUGAACAAAGCCCUUACCGAAAAUUAUGUUGAAUCGACCCCGUCAAUGGAUGGUAAUCUUCUUGUGUUGAAAGACUUGAAGGAAGAUUUACUUGAUGACUUGAUCAAUAGCAUUUCUGACUUAUCUUUGGAACAGACUAAAAACUAG